CCAUACCCGGAAGUGAAUAUCUUCUCGUUUCACUGGAAUGCUAGAGUGCAGAAUUACGUUUGUUUACACAUUAAAUUAAAAACGUUUUAAAGUAAUUUUCCAAGUUGAAGAUGCAGAACUACGACAAGGCUCCUCUCGGCUCCAGGCCCGACCCUGCGGCGGACAGCAGAGGGAAUGAUGGAUCGUUACUCACAGUCCUGAAGACGUUGCUGUUUUUCACCAUCCUGAUGAUCACUUUGCCCAUUGGACUCUACUUCGCUUCUAAAAAAUAUUUGUUUGAAGGAUCUCUGGGUUACUCCAACAACGACAGCUACUUCUACGCCGCCAUCUUGGCUGUGGUGGCUGUGCACGUGGUCCUGGCGCUGUUUGUUUAUGUGGCCUGGAAUGAGGGAUCGCGGCAGUCGAGGGAAGGAAAGCAGGACUGAGGGAGAGGAAAGAGGAUUCGGAGAAGUCGAAGGAGAACGAGAGAGAAACCAGCUUUUUGAUUCUGUUAAAAAAUGAGUGAGAGAUGAGUGAAACACAGGAGAGUUCUGAUGCAGUGAAAACACUUCUACUGUCCACAUGUACCAACAAGGUCAGAGGUCUCUAUCAAGCCUGAGGAGUGUGAUGUAGAAUGUGAAGCGUUCCUCUAGAGAAGAUUGUACGAUUCUCUGUGAAGCUGGACAACAGUGUUUUCCUUAAUUGAAAGAACUCCAAGCUUUUUCUGAGGUGAAGAACCUAUAAUUAUCCCCUGAACACGUCAAGAAUAAAUUUUUUUCUCAUCCCAGCUCCUCCAUCCACAUAGAAACUGGGUUCUUUAAAAGGUUAAAGGUUCUUUGGCUCCAGUAAGAAGCCACUCUGUUGUCCGGUUUUACACAGAACCUUUUCAGGCUUUCCCCAGAGGAACAUCCGAACAAUUCUUUCAUGCUUCUGAACUUUUUCAGAGUGUAGCUGAGGAACCCUGUGGAAUGUGAAUGGUGCUUUAAAAAAAAAAAAAUUCCAAUCUGACCAUUUUGUGAUCUCAGUACAGGACUUAGUCUGGUUCCAGAAAGUGCUAGAAUGUUGUUUCGAGUGAAGCCGUCGAUUAAAACUGAACAGUGAUGGAUCGUGUUAGUGUAGAUUAGAUGAAUAGAUAGAUCAGACUCAGAAUAACACAUUUGAUCUGAAUGUUAUCCUUAAAGCAUAGAAUGAAUGCUUGAUCUUUGUGCUCAUUAUUCUGUUUCAUGUCUUGUUCUCCUCCUUCUGUGCAGUGCAGUCUGAGAAAUGUCCUGAAUAUCAUUGUUAUUACAUCAUGUACGCUGUUUUUUAAACUAAUAACUGAUGUUUGUAUGAUGAUUCGAGGGCCCAUGAAUGGACCUCUGCCCCAAAAAAUUAAAUAAAAUAGUUGCAGACAAAAAAAAAUGCUCAUAAAAA